CCUAAAAAUCUAUUUACAGUAGGUUGUGAGCGGAUCAAGUGUAUCCGUUCAGAUUAAAACUGGGUGUCACUGUAACUAAAAGCUUUAUCGAGCUGGAGUUUUUAAAAUAAACCGGCGGUUUUGCCCAGAUUUUAUUGGUUGUUCGUCGCCGAAAGGUUUUCAUCCGUCUUUUUUCAUCUGCUGAAGCUGAAGACUGAAAAAGAUGUCUUCGGAGGAAGACAGAGCGAAGGAGAUUCUGAUGGGUUUUAAACUAAACUGGAUGAAUCUUAGAGAUGCAGAGACAGGAAAGGUUCUCUGGCAGGGAACUGAAGAUCUUUCCCUUCCUGGGGUGGAACAUGAAGCUCGGGUUCCUAAGAAGAUUCUGAAAUGUAAAGCAGUUUCCAGAGAACUGAAUUUCUCUUCAGUAGAAAAACUGGAAAAAUUCAGACUGGAGCAAAAGGUUUUCUUUAAAGGACAGUGCCUAGAAGAGUGGUUCUUUGAGUUUGGCUUUGUAAUUCCUAAUUCUACGAAUACAUGGCAGUCUUUGAUAGAAGCUGCACCAGAGUCACAGAUGAUGCCUGCAAAUGUUUUAAGUGGUAAUGUUGUUAUAGAGACCAAGUUUUAUGAUGAUGACCUUCAUGUCAGCACAUCCCGGGUACGACUCUUUUACGUCUGAGGAACGGAGUCCUUUUUUAACCCUCACUCUGGAGGAUGCACCCAACAAGUUUUAAAAACUAGAGGAGACACUCUACACAUGCUGGGUAUUUCUGAGGCACAGCAACAACAGCAGUGGAAGGAAUGUAUUUUAUUUAAACACAAUUUCAAGACAAAUGAUCACAUCGGUUAUGGCAGAUAAAGACUUGUACAUAAGAGCUAUGAUGCUCAUGACAACCUGGUUGUGUAAAUUUCUGUUUGUAUAUUUUUCUACUAUAAUGUAAUCCUGCAAUGUACACUGCUUCAUUAUUGGCUGUUUUUGAAAGGUUUUCUUCGGGUUUGUGUGGGUAUUCAAGGUCUUUUUUUAGCUAUAACUGUAAGAUAGGCUGUGUUUUAAAUACAUUAUGUAAUUAUGGAUUAAAAUAUUGAAAUUG